AUGGCCAUGAAAAGGGAGCGCUCACCAUCUCCGAAACCCACAACAGAAAUAUAUCUUUCGUCAGCAAUACAAGAGCAGACAUCAACAUUCAAAGCCGCGUUCUCUCCUAACCUAUCCGCCAAAGCCUUGCAAACACUCCCCGAAUUCCGGACUGCCACCCACAAAAUUGCAGCAUGGAGGAAACCAUCACGGCAAAAGUCUUUGAUGCCAGAAUCCCGCACUUUGUAUGAUCUUGGCCACGAUGAUGACGGCGAAAAGUGGGCCGGAGGACGACUCAGCAAUGUACUACGAGACACGCAGACCGAGGGCGUUGUAGUAGUUGCGCGCUGGUACGGCGGGCAAAACAUCGGUCCCAUACGUUUCACGCACAUUGAAAACAGCGCCAAGGAAGCGAUUUGGAAGUGGAAAGUCGCCGAUACGGAGAUCAAGAAAGAGCAGGCUACCAAGAAGCAAAGAGUCGAUGAAGAAGCUAAGCGGGAAGAACUGAUUAAGAACCUACAGGAAAGGGAUUACAACAUCUUUGCGCUGAGGAAGUUGUUGAGCCAGAAGAAGGCGCAGUUGCAGGAUGAGGAGCCUGCGCCGCCGACGCCUCAGAAGAUGCAGGAUUAUGGGAAGAUGACUAUGGAUGCGCUGACGAGGGUCGACAAAGCAAGGGAUGCUACGAUUGCGUUCAUUUUGAAGCAAAUCGAUAAGAUCGAUGAGGAGCUUAAGCUUGUGGAGGCGUUGGAGGACGGCACGCAGGGGGCGGAAGAGGAGGGCAAGGCUGGAGAGGAAAAGCCUUCGACGCCAAAGUGA